AAUCUUCUUAUUAAUGUUAAUAUAUCCUAACAGGAAGAUUUUAUCGAGACCAUCCUAGACUUAUUUUUCCUUUCCCUUGAUCAUACGUGGCUUUUCAUCCAUAUAUCGAUUGUUGUGUGAUAGGGGUCAGUAGUGGAAAGCCCUGUUCAAGUCGGCAGAGUCCGACACAUCGUAGUUUCUUUUACUUCAACAGUCGUAAUCUGGCAUUACUUAUAAUAGAAGAUAGAAGAGAAAAAAAAAAAAAGAAGAAAAAGAAGAUACGUAGGGGAUACUGAUAUUUAGAUUAGAACUCGUUGUUCUACUUUAGAACAUGUAUAUUUUUUAAUAGGAUUUUAUUUUUCGUUAUCAUCGUCAUCCAUGAAGCAUCAACAAAUCACGGUGGACCUUUCGAAUAUGGUUUUCACCGCUUUUUCCUACUUGGCAUUAGCUGGAGCAGUCUGGAUUUUUUUGAGACUUCUUCAAGCCUGCUUUUGGCUUCCAAGACAUUUGAAAAAACAAAACGACGUUCAACAAAUGUUACAGGAUAAGGUUGAUGAUUAUGAGAGAUAUAUACUCGAGUGUGAAGAGAAGGAGAAGUCAAUGUUAUUGGAAGGAGAAAGUACGGAUGAACAAAACGCCGAAAUUACGAAGAAAUGGAAAGAAAGAAGAGAAUGUUUCGAAAUGAUGAAGCGAGAAUUGAAAAAGGUGCGUGACGGCGGUGAGAUUAAUGAUUGGGAUUAUCUUUUGGAAGAGGAACAGAAGCUGGAGGAAGAGGAUGAAGAGGAGGUAGUUAAAAAAAAAGAAAAAGAAAGUGAGAAUGAAGAAGACGUGAAGAUAACUGAGAUUCCUGAAGAAAAGUUGUUAUCUAAAAGAGAAAAGAAACAUUUUGACAAUAAAAAAUCUUCGGACAAAUUCGAUGGAUCACCGAAAAAAUCCGAAAAUGUGGAUCUAUUAUCGAUUGAUAAAGAAGAACAGGAAGAAAAGGACGAUGAGGAAACCAAAAAAGACAAAUAAAUAAUAUUCCCAUUUCGUUUUAUUUAUUGAACUUGAAAU